AAGUGAUAUCACGCCCCUGUCAUUGCUUAGAGACUGCAUGUUUGAGCCUAUGGUUGCCACUGUGAGGGAGACAUGUUUAUUACCUUGGCAACCACUUGUACAACAAUACAGUCCCAUCCCCUCUGUAUACCUGACAAUGUUAUUGUUGAAUCCCAAAAGUUAAUGCAAUCUGUUCUCUAAACUAUGAUUUGAAGUGUCUGUUUAGGGUUGUGUGGCUAUAGAAGUUUCCUAGGAGAGAAUGGUUAAACUUUUCAAGAACUCUAGUGACUCUUUUUCUAGUGACAUCUCGGAUCUCAGGACAAUUCUUCUGGAAUGCAGGACUCUGGGAAUGUUCCCAAGAUGGAUUGAAGAAUGACAAGAGGCCUGGAUUGCACAUCACAAGUGUCAGAAGGAUCUGACCAGCAUCCAGCCCUACCACGAUAGGUGCUGCUCGGUGGAAAAGCACGAGCCAUGGAUAACCUGUACACGUGCCUCAAGAGAGAGAUAGCCUCCUUCCAGGACCAUGUCCAGCAAUGCAAACACUCCUUCAACAUGGACGCUCUUCACCCAGUCUUGAGUGCCCUAACCACAAAGCAGCAGGAUGAAAUCCACACCUUGGAGCAGCUGCGGGUUCUCCUCUCCAAGGUUCAAGAGGAGCCUGCGGUGGCAGUCAGUGGCUACAGCGACUCGGAAAUAAAGUGUUGCAUCACCUGGCUUCUCUCUUUCGUGGAAUAUCUCGGCGCCAUGAAAGAGACCUUUGACGAGAAAGUGGCAGUCCCUCUCUGCGAGAACCUGUACGUAACUGAGGAAGACGAGAGCACUGUCGCUUCUUCUGAUCAGACUGUCCCUAUCACCUCUGACCCUCAAAGCCCGCCCCAUACAUCUGUGACUAAGGUGGCCAAUGAGCUCCUUGUUCUCCGACGCAGAUGGGCUUUGAUGCUCGCCCCUGGUCCAAUCAAGGCAGAGAACUUCAGUCUACUGACCAAUACUGAUGGGGCUGAGCGGUUCACUGAGAGGUUCGCCAACGUCCAAUCGCUUGUACCAGAUAUCCUCUAUAAGAGCUCUAGGGCUGCUCAACUUGCCUAUCAGUGGGUGAACCUGCACCAGUGUGGGCACAGGGGUAGAAGAGUAGGGGCCAGUGGGUUGGAGGUUACCAAGACAGCCCCAAUGAGGUCUACUGGCCGGGAAGCGAGUGAUGAAUAUAUCCUGGUUGAGGCAGAAAGGAGAGGGGAGGGAAUGGCCGGAGAGGCCCAAGCCAGACUGAUGGAGUCUAGGAUGGAGCUCAUGGCUUUGGCCGGGAAAGAGCAUAGGGUGCUAUCUCUGGAGGUGAGGUUAGAGAAGGCCACCUACAGGAUCCAGGACCUCCAGGCCAAGCUCCGACAGGAGAGGUUGAUGGUAGAAAGUGGGGCCCAGCAGGAGGCCAGCGAUGUGGGGGAAAGGAAGACAGAGGAGCUAGUCCUCAACCCAGGGCUAGAGCUGGAGAGGAGGCUGAGGAUGGAAAGGUACCAGCAGAAGAUACUUCUGGGAGACCUGCUGAUGGAGCUUAAGAUUCGCCCAGUUCUCAUACGCUACACUGAUAUGGUGAGGGAUCGAUGCAAACAGCAGGAGGAGACACUACAGGCCAUAGAGGGCAGUAUGGGUACCAGGUUCCCUUCAAAGCCUGAGAGCCUCAACCUCUCCAAACAGUGAAUCCAUCUUCUCUAGCCUGUUGUCCCUCACAUAGACGCCCCGCAAGAGACACUCAUCCUGGUGUACAAGUCUAGGCUGCCUCCUGCUCAUACUCCCAGGGUUGAAGGAGUCCUUCAUCCCUGGGCCUCCAAAUGGACAUUCAACCCAACAAAUGGAUUGUUGUCUGGGGGAUGCAUCCUAAUGAAUCCUGGACAAUGCUCCAGCCUCACAUUAGGCCCCUCAGAAGUGAUACCACCCAUAUUUGAUUUAGUUUCUUAGUUUAAGUCUUUCUUUUCAUUCCAUCUAAUUUAGUCAACGAUGAACACACACACACACACACACACACACACACACACACACACAC